CAACAUAGCUUCCCUUUUGAUCCUGUGCGACGAAAGACCAGUGACAUCUGAUAAAUACGUUUCUAACUUUUCCUCGAGUUCAUUUUCCAGUACAUUUCUAAUGGCAUCUCUGUUUCUACGAUCUAAACAAGUAUUUGAAUCUACAAACCCUAUAUUAAAAAUCUGUACUACUAAAGAUAUAAUCGCACAAACAGUUGCCAAUAACGAAAGUUUACAACACGCCACAGGCGCAACGUCUCCCAAUUUCUUUUUACUUGUAUUAGCCAUGUCUUCAUAUUCUUCUAAAGGUACACUACUCGAAACCUCAUCAACACUGUCACUUAUUUCAUUUCUCUAUUCAAUACCAUCAUCACUACAGAAGUUAACUUUCAUAGUUUGUCGUUAUUAUUGUGAAUAAUAUUUUCUACAUCGGGACGUUAUCUCGACAUAAUCCGCAGCAAUGCGCUCCUUCCUGUGUGCCUGACUGUUUCACAACGGGCACUGCUCCGAUAACAAUUGGGCCUCAACUAUUACAGUCGAUUCAAUCAAGCAAUCGACAGCAUACGCCAGACCAGUGACUGACUGGCUGGUAUGUACCCGAAUAGCUUCUUGGUAAGUAACUCAAGUACUAUGAAAUAGUAAAGACUUUACAUCUUUUAGAUUUUUAUGUUUUAGCAUUAGGUUCUGAUACUAUAAUGUUAUAUUUAUCCUAAUAGAAAUGAAGUCGUUGUAAGAAAAUAACUACAACAUAGUGUUUAAAUUAUUCCAUAUAUAUAUAGAUCUUGCUUUACCAUGUACCUUUUAUUAUUAACUAGCAACCUGCCCCAGCAUUGCUUGGAUGAAAUUUAGUGGGACUUAAUAAAAUGACACUGAUAAAUAAUCUAGCUUUCUACCGGUGAAAGAAUUAUGAAAAUCAGUCAGUAGUUCCAGAUAUUACUAUAAACAAACAAACUUUACCUCGUCAUACGGUUUAUUGUCGCACUUUUCAAAUAUUAAUUACUGAAAUACUCUUAUCCCAAAAUAGCUUUAAGUAACGUAUGGCUAUUAUAAAUUUACUUAAAUUACUCUAGAAUGCAAUGCGUUUAACGUGCGAUGUUAGACUUGGUGACCUGAUCUGAUCAAAUUUAUUUUGGAAUGUUAUAGCUAGGUUAGUAAUAUCUUUGAUAGCAUAGGAUAACGUCGACAGGCUGUCAUUGACCUGAUUUCUCGAAGAAAUAGCGCAUUGCUUACAUCUCUUCCUCUUACUAUUUACUCUGCCGUCGUAUGAAGUUCUCACGGAUGGAAGUCCACGGCGCAUGCGUCUAUAACCAUGUCAGGGUCGCGGCCUGUCGUACCCCAAGGUCGGCAAUGUUUAGCAUUACCACCUCUGUCACUCCCCCCGUUAUAAUCCAAGGAGUCACAACACUACUCGUGUAUAUUUUUAAUUUUUUGAUGGAUUUCAUAACACCGAUCGCUGUUCGGGCUAGCAAUGUGCUGCCUUUAGAAGAUUACGAUGGACCAAGAGCGCCUUUACUCCGACAAGUAUCUUUGGAUGAGGAGCGUCGUGAUGACUGCCAGGGUCACUGGAACUGCCAGGACUUGGAUGGAGAAGAGGAGGAAAGGGGAGUUAGACUGUUCAGAGCUCUGCUACUACAACACUUGAGACUUAUGGCUUUGAGGCCGCCGCCUUGUAUACUUGCAUCAGCGAAACCUGAUCCGCGUGGCUGGUGGAUGUACUGGCGUGAUUGGCGGUCUCUGGAGAGGGCAGCUCGACGGUUCCGGCUGACAAAGGCCCGUGGAAGGUUGGCUGCCAGAGCCGAGCACAUCUCCUUGCUGAGCCUGGACGAAGUGGCGUUUGAAGAUAUCAUGCAGGAGUUAUGCCAGGCUUGUGCACACAUAGAACAGCGCGCUCUGGUAGUGCUAGCGUUCCUGUGUGAGGUGUGCGCGCGCGCAGUCCGCGUGGGCGGCUGGUGUCGAGCUACCGACUGGGCGGUCAACCAUGUCGCCAAGUUCGCCACUCCCUGGGCGAUUAGACACGGGGGUUGGAGUGCUGUGAUAGAAAGAGCCGAUGGCACUAGACGCGAGGACACUUUAUUGGCAGGAGCAGCCGUUGCAGCUCUGGUGGCUUUCCUCCUCUUUUGCCGUACAAGAUUACGACACGCUUUACUUUAAGCCAAACUAAAAGCUCAGUUGGGACGAAUUAAAUCCAAUGAAGCCUGAAGCCAAAUUACAGAGUUUUAUGAAGGAAGUAGAUAUUAUAUAUCUAUUGAAAUGGUAUUGCGCAGUUUGGGUAGGAAGAACUGAUAGUAAUGUGUUCGAUGCAGGCAGUUUUAGGGAAAAUUUCAAAGGCUCAAUCACUUGAUUUUUUCGUCUGUCUCUGGGAUUUUUUGUAAAUGUAUUUUGUCACUUUUGUUAAUGUUUUUUUAACUCGUAUUUAUAAUGUUAUGUAUAGCAAUGGAUGUGAUGUUAUGUAUAUUUUUUUAAUAAGGUACUCUAUCUUAAAGUUACUGUGAUCGAAGUAGUUUCAGAAGAGGGUCUAUUUGUAUUUGGGCACAAUUUAAUAAGAAUGCAACUUACCAAACAAAUUAUCUUUAUUAAAGUUAUAUAGAAUUGUAUAGCUAAAUGCAUUUAUAUGCUCAGUUUGGAUUCAUAGAAUUCUAAAUAGGUUUUAUCAUCAUCAUACAUACAUAUUCGAAAUAAUGUUUGAUUGUCUACUGUUUUAAUUAUGCACGAAAAACCCCAUUUAACAGUCAUAUUUAGAUGAAAAAUAUUUUCCAUAUUAAUUAUAAUUAGGAGGCAAGUUAAUAGUUUGUAUUCGAACGUUAUUAAUUUGUUAAAGGAUAAGUGUUAUUUAUUAAGAUUCUUAUCCUCAACCAAGAGGAAAUUAAUGGAAUUUAUUAUUAAGUGUAUUUCUAUUGUAAUAAUGAAGGUUUUUUAUUUGGGAGUGCGUGAAAACAUAAGAAAUAAAUAUUCUAGAAAUUUAAUUAACAUUUUUUUUUCAUAAUUGCCAUCGAAUCUUUAUCAUACUAUCUGAUUGAUAAAUAAAACUUUAGUAAAUUGUAUUGUGUUAAAUAUGAGGUGAAAUUUUGUUUGCAAAUUGUGAAUUUGCAAUAUUUUUAAGUUGCGUUUUUUAAAAUUAAGUAAUCAAGUAACACAAAACGGUAUAUUUUCCCAAACUAAUUUUGAGCUGUUUCUUUAGAUUUAAAGUAUUAAUUGUGAAAAAGCUUCAUUAUUUUUAUAUUACGCGUGUAUGUAUGUAC